AUGCACGAGUUACUACCUAUUUUGAACGAAGCAAAGAAAUUAUUUCUGUCAGAACCAACUCUACUAGAUGUUGAAGUGCCAUGUGUCGUGAUUGGUGAUAUCCAUGGCCAAUACGAAGAUUUGCAUCGAAUAUUUUCUGUUCUUGGAGCAGGUCGCAAAAGUGGGGCCGUUAAACGACGUUUUGUAUUUCUCGGUGAUUACGUCGAUCGCGGUAUGAACUCAUUAGAAACAAUUUGUUGCCUUCUGGCGCACAAAUUGAUGUUCCCAAAGAUGUUCAACAUGUUACGUGGGAAUCAUGAAUCAUCGGACAUUAAUCAAACAUAUGGCUUCCAACUGGAACUUGAGCGCAGAUUUCCAGCAAAUAAUGAAGGGCUUACUUUAUGGAAUGCCUUUAAUGAACUAUUCGCUUGCUUACCACUUGCGGCUAUAAUUCACAAUAAAAUACUUUGCAUUCACGGCGGUAUUGGACCGGAACUGAAAUGCUUGAAUGACAUUAGAAAGAUCAAACGUCCAAUUCUUGAUCCAACGGAAUUACCGCUGGCAUGUAGUCUUUUAUGGUCUGAUCCUAUGCUUGAUUUGAAAGGUUUCAUUAAAAAUUCAAUUCGCGGAGCUGGUUAUUUCUUUGGUGAAGAUACUGUAAUUGCUUGUUGUGAACAGCUAAAUAUCGAUCUGAUUGUGCGAGCACAUCAGAUGAUAAUGAAUGGUUACGGUUUCUUUUGCAAAAGACGAUUAGUUUCAGUCUUUUCAGCACCACGUUAUCUCUUAUCAAAGAAUAAUAAAUGUGCUAUAUUACAAGUGGAGAAAGAUUUAAGAGUUGGCUUCAUAUUGCUUUGCCCGGUAACGCCUGAAACGCAAGGACAAGAUCAUUUCCGCAAUUUUUUCACGAAAAACAAUGACAAUUCAUCGUUCGCUUCACGAAAAGCUGCAGCAGAAGGUUUUAUGUGCGAAACUAUUGAUAGUUUCCGCGGAAGCGUGAAGGCUAUUACGUGA